GACUCCAAAGCUUUUUCGAUAAAAUUGACGACGAUUAACUCUCAAUCCAACGGUUGAGAUUCAAUCCUGUACAGAAAUUCACAAAUCCAAAGGGACACGUGACGUAGCGAGAGAUGAAGGAAAGUGGCCGGAAGCAAGGAGCGGCGUCACCGUGCGCGGCGUGCAAGCUUUUGCGGCGACGAUGCGCUCAGGAUUGCGUUUUCUCGCCGUAUUUUCCGGCGGACGAGCCUCAGAAAUUCGCCAAUGUUCAUAGAGUGUUCGGUGCUAGCAACGUCAACAAGAUGCUUCAAGAGUUGCCAAUCCACCAGCGUGGAGACGCGGUGAGCAGCAUGGUCUAUGAAGCUAAUGCAAGAGUUCGGGACCCAGUUUACGGUUGCGUAGGGGCGAUUUCGUCUCUUCAGCAACAAAUUGACGUGUUACAAGCCCAACUAGCUCUGGCUCAAGCAGAAGUGGUGCACCUACGUGUACGACAUUCAACUAAUUUCACGGGCCAUGGAUUGUGUCCGGAUAGCCCGAGUAGCAGCGGCUCACCAUCGUCGAAGCAAGUGAGUCCACAAGACAACAAAAGCAUGUUUAGCCAUAUGGACAUGGUUGAUGAAGCGAGUUUGGGAGAGUCUAUGUGGUCUUGCUAGUUCUCUCUCUUUUUGUCAAUGCAUUUCCUCUCUUUUUUUUUCUUGGGAAAUUUUCGGGAUUAUAUAUUUAAAUUAGGGGUAGGAAAUGAAAAUACUCUGUUUUGACUACAGAGUGAAACUAUUAACAUGAUAUAGACACAUAUAUAUAUAUAUACUAAGUAUGUUUUAUACAUUAUAAAUCUAUCUAUAUAUAAGUGGUAUCUCUUUGUAUUUCGGUGUAUUUGAGAUUUGGUGUAGUAGGACUUUGGACCAGAAUCCACGAGGGUCAUUUCCAGCCGAGGAGAGAACUCUGUAUUUGACAUAAUGUAAACUUUUUUUUUGGUUAAAGACUUUUAUGUAAACUUGUGAAAUAUAUAUUUACAUUAUUCGGU